GAGAGUCCUCUCUGUCUUCUCUGCACUGGGAGCAGCUCUCCUGCCACAGCCCCUGACCCCCUAAAAAUGUAUGCCUGUUCCAAGUUCAUCUCCACUCCCUCCUUGGUCAAGAGUACCUCACAGCUGCUGAGCCAUCCACUAUCUGCAGUGGUGUUGAAAUGACCGGAGAUAAUGGCAGAUGAGAGUCUCAGCAGCUUGGCAGUCUCACGUCCCCUUACCCCACUUGUCCCUAGCUGCAGCUUCCAAACCAGUGCCGUUUCAAGGGACAAAGACAUGGCAGCCAAGUUCAUUGGGGCUGGUGCUACCACAGUUGGAGUGGCUGGCUCUGGGGCUGGAAUUGGGACUGUGUUUGGGAGCUUCAUUAUUGGUUAUGCCAGGAACGCUUCUCUGAAGCAACAGCUCUUCUCCUAUGCCAUUCUGGGCUUUGUCCUCUGGGAGGCCUUGGGGCUCUUUUGCCUGAUGGUGGCCUGUCUCAUCCUUUUCGCCAUGUGAAGGAGCUGUCUCCACCUCCCAUAGUUCUUUCUUUCAUGUCUGGUGGGCGCUGUGUGUUCCUUUUCCUAUACCUCCCCAGGCAGCCUGGGGAACAUGGUUGGCUCAGGGUUUGACGGAGAAAAGACAAAUAAAUACUGUAUUAAUAAGAAAAAAAAAAAAGGAAA